AUGCCGCUGUCGAAUGGCCAAAUCGACAUGCAUACCAUGUACUCGAUUGAGGUGGUGCCUACCCGGUGUGUGUGUAUUUCCCAGCGUGCUGCCGUCCGCCACGACCAACCUGCCCCCGGCUGCCUUGGAUCGUCCAGGCUGCCGAGGCUUGUCGUGAAGAGGCACCGCAAGCAAGCGACAGUCAUCUGGAUCCUUCUUCUCCUGGGAUUUCUGGGUUACGUGGCGUACAUCAUAUUGGAGACACUCGAGUCCAGAAAGGACCCGGCUUCAAGCAUCGAGCUAAAGCAAGAGCACUACGAGUUCCCUGACAUCAUGUUUUGCACGGAAUUCACCAACGGCUGCCUGGAGGAAACCAACUCUUGCUUCGAAUUCGCAGUGGGCGCUAUAGCUUCCGCCGAGGGGUUCACCGACGACCUCGACACCUUCCUCGACGACAACGCGGACGCCACGUCGGCCAUAGAGGAAGAGUUCCCCCACUGCCGCGUUUUCCCUCUGUCCCGGCUGACAAUAGACGAAGACGGAAUCAACAGCGGAGACGUGGAUUCACUCUACGCGUCAUUCUAUGUGAGAGAAAAAAAAAGGGCCGGUCAGAGUGAGGCUGCCUCCGAUGGGGAACAGUUCCUGUGGUACGAGAGCGCUGACACGUUCGACCGAGCAACCUACAACAUCAACGCCCAGUUCUUGAGCACGUACCUGAUCGACGUCGAAGCCGGCGUCGAACCCCUGGAGGGGAAGAGCGUGGACGUCAAGCUGCCCUACGCCCGAAUCGAGCCGAUCACUGACACGGAGUUCACGGCAAUUGCGAACCACAUGGUGGUGGGCCUGACGGAGUUUGCGGGGAUCGAUGACAACGGCAACCGGGAGGAGCGGCAGCGAACCUACUCUCAGAGCACGACGACGGGGACGCAGAACUGGUACUGGACCGACGAGACGUACGACUUUGAGUUCGCGCUCAUGAUUGUCGACGUGUCCAUCCCAAAGUUCGAGUACACCUUCAUCGCGGUAAGUAUGAACCAGCGAAGCAAGGAAGAGGUCUCCCCUUGGUUUGCGUUGCCGCCUUUUAAAGAUUCUGCUGCCGAGUUCGUGGUGACCGGGUUCGGGCUCUUCUUCGUGUUCUCGGUGAAGCAGUCGCCCGACCGCAAGAUGCGCAACUUCAGGAAGUCGGUGACCAAGCCGGCCUCCAUAGUCAACAAGCGCCUGUCCACCCUCGGCUCCCGCUCGUCGACAUCGAACCAGGAUAUCGAGCUCGAUUCCUCCGAGGAAGACUUACCCGCGGACUGGGUCAAGAAACAGAGGGCCAACGGGAGCAUCUACUACUUCCAUCCCUUGACCGGCAAGAAACAGAGCACGCCUCCUGACGCCCUAGGCAGCGCUGGAGGGGGCCCGCAGGCCUCCGGUACCGUGUUGAAUCAAAUCUUCCAUGUAAGUCAGUACGCGCUGGUCCGCGACGAAAGACCCACGCUGUUUCGACAUUCCCCGCCAAUGGGCGAAGAGAUCCGGGACACGGUAAACAAGACAACCCAGUGGGAGAGGCCCACCCAGCGCCCUCGCUCCAGCAGCGUCUCCAGCGGCCGGCCGCAGGUCGUCGACAUGCCGAUAGCGCACACGCGCCGUGGUUCGAGCACCUCCUCCACCAACAACCCCCGCCCUUCCUCUUCGUCCCACGCGCACGACCACCCGCACCGUCGCGAUGGUGCGGCGGAGGACCCUUCGCCUCCCCCCGCUCUGGGGAGCAUUCCCGCCGCCCCUUCCUACAGAACGGCGGUUCAUCUGUCCAACCGUUCAGCACAUACGGCGGCUGCGGGGGCGGCGGCGGCGGCGGCGGCGGCGGGGGCACAGGCGGACGGCGGGGGCGGCCCCCUUCCCCCGAACUGGGAGAGGCGUAUCGCGUCAAACGAUAGGCCAUACUACGUCAACACCGUCACCCGCGAGUCGAAGUGGGAAGACCCCCGUAGCUAAGGCUCGGGCUCAGCCAGGGGCAGGAAGGCGGGAGGGAGAAGAGACGGCCUUCGUUUGGUCCCCAUCGCCUUCUUCCAAUUUCCAGUGUUGCGUCGAGGUCUUUUACGUUGCGCACGACGAGUUUUGCAGCGACGGUGUCUGGUAAACUGCGCACACCCUGGCGCGUGGUCUGGACACGAAGGCGGACUAACCGCGGCCCUCCAUGGUAUACGUUAUGUGCGACCUAGAAAGUUCCAGGAACAGAGAUAUUUUUCUUCGAUGUCCUCGCAGAAAUUAGGCUGGUGGCCUGUUUGUUGCCACUUUUGAACAGCCUUCGGAGCUUUUUACAUUCCUUUUGCUCGAUAUUGUAGAGUAGCCGAUGGAUGGCUCUGUUCUUUGCUCCCUACUGAACAGUCAAGACAAGCGUGCGAGACAGUGUUGAUCAGCAGGGUAGUCAAAGCUUGUCUGUGAUUGCCUUCGAUUUGCCCUCAGGCACGCCUGAGCAAGAUUCGCAGAAAAAUCCAUAUCCUGUACGCGCUCGAGGAGAUAGUGUUGUACAUCUGAACGCCUUUGGUAUAUUCUUGUUGUGGUUGGGAUUGCGAGGGCGAGGUCCCGGGAAAAUCCGGGCAAUUUUGUUCAUGAUUUGGUUUAGUGUUGUUUCAUGAUUUAGUUAAUGUACUGCUUUUCGUUCUACCGGUUGCGCAUCCAAUUAGCCAAAAGAGUCCAGCAGUGUAUCGUGCCCAGUGGCCCUUCCACGCACCCAGCUCGGCUGGACGCUCAGGAUGCAGGGGGGGUUGGCUGAGGGAUGCCAAAACAGAUGACGGUACUCUGGGUUCAUAUAUUCUUAUCAGUAUCAAGAGUGUUGUUGUUGUUGCUGCUGCUGCUUUUCUGUAUCGUUUUGGAGCGACGGCAGAUUGCGUCAAGCCAGCAAUCAGGAGUGAUUAUUGUCCCGUGCCGGUGCUGUAGUACCGCACCCACCCGUGGGCUUAAGCCUGAGGAAUAGCUUCAGCGUAGAUUUCUCAAAGGCUCGACCUCACCAACGCAAUGGCUGAAAGUGGCUGUGUCCGUUUCACUUUCCCGGUUGGACCAACAAUAAUGGAAAUGGUCGAGCCUGAAGCAUAGACACCCGCCAUGAGGAAAAAUCAGCGUUGAAAUUCUGGUGC